AUGUCCGACAACAUACCCCACGCGAGCAAUGAUGGGACUUCCUGGCAGACCACAUCUCUCUCUUCUCAGGGAGAGCAAGAGCUCAUACUGGAAGCCCGUGCUUUACGAGAAGAAAAGUUCAAGGCCCUUGCAGCUAUCAUCAACACCAUGCCCGAACAGCUGACUACCAAUGAUGUAUUGCUCAUGUACUAUCGGGUCGAGGUUGGCACUUAUCUCUUACCAGCUUCGAGCUUCAUUGCCAACGAAAAUCCCUCCGAGGCCGAAGUUAUGGUCAAGCUCGCCAGACAAUCUGCAAAUAAAUCCAGAAAUUCGCUCCUCAUUGCCAAGUGUGAGUUCUGGAUGGGUCGAGUUGAGUUUCUGCGCGGAAACAUGCGCAAAGCCCAUGAGCACUUCGUGAAAGCGAACCCUUGUGCCAUGGAUUCGAAAGAGGGCGUUGAAUGUCAGGACCUGAGCUUUUUUCUGGACGUCACCAGGCAUGGAAUUAGUGAGCAUACUCGGGCUGCAAGACUGCGUGCUCAUGAGGAGGCUAUCGCGGCACACGCUAAAUUCGACAAGACUGCGAACAACUCUGUCUCGACCGAAGACAAACGCAAGCGACCAUUGAGGACUUGGAAGGGGGCUCUCCUCAAGCUACAACUACCUUUGAUCAAGCAACGUCCACUUACUAAAAUCAUAAAGCCCCGGUGUAGGGUACCGAUUCAACGAAAGGUGGACGAGGAGCAUCUGCAGCAAGGGAUUGAUAAUCAGACGAGCUCGAAAAACCAGGUUCUUGGAAAGGUCCUUGCGGAAGAGCUUGGGUACGAGUCUUGGAGCGAUUCUGGAGAUGACACCGACACCGACACUGAGGAUGAAUCUGAUGACGACUCUGAUGACAACCCCAGCGGAGGCCCUGCAGACGGUACAGAUGACACCAUGGGUGACAACACAGAUGGAAACGCAGCAAACUCUCCAGGCUCCCCUGGUGAAACCCAACAAUCAGAGCCUUCCGCUGACUCGGCCACAGCUCCCACUGCUCCAGCCAAAGUUCCGACUGAUCAAGCUGCGUACGAAAUGCCCAAGCCGGGAUCGGCCCGGGCCCGGUUCAGACAGGAAUGUUUCCAGAUGGGCCUCACAUCAGCACUUAACGGAGAACCCUACGAGCGUCCGAAGGAACCAUUUGUGUUUGGAGUCCCCCACACACCCACAAAGCAGACCGAGUUCCGACUCGGAUUUUUCAAGGUCGGCCUGGCAAAACGCUGCCGCCCAAUGACCAUUUUUCCGAAACAGCAUGGCGAAAUCACCAUUUCUCCUGAGGAAUGGAAAGCUAUCGAACAGGAUGCCCGUCACAAGAUUGUCACUUAUGAUUACUUGCGAAGGGAAAGAUAUGAGUUGAUCAAGGUUGCUGAGGAGAUUGGCCGAGCAGUUUCCUGGUCUAGCGGUUAUGAUUUUCCGUUAACAAAUGCGAUUAGCAUGUGUUCCGGAAAGGUUCUGGGUUCGAUUCCCAGGGAAACUAUUUUUUGUCUUUUUGUCUUUUUUGCCACUAACUAA